GGUAGACUCGUGUCGUGCAAGCCCCACCUCUCGCGUCCGACUCGAUCCCGUCGGUGAGUAUUGAUUUUAUUGUCUCGCCUAUUCUUUCUUUCAAAAAGGAGCUCACUAUUAUUAUUGUUAUUAUGCCCAGCCACUCAAUUUUUUAUUUAUUUUUGUUUUGCUUCGUCACGCGACCACCCCAAACACACACACAUUUCGAUGUGCUGGAAAUGAGCCGGUCGAGAAGCAAAAGGCCUAGCUGACACAAUUAGAAUGGCGCGCAAUCAAAAAGUUCAAGGAGCAGUUCUGAGGAGGAGGCGACGUUGAGAGAGUGCUUGUCGUGAAAAUCCCGCAGGCCAAAGUGUGUCAUAAGACUCUUUGUCGAUGGGUUACGCCAAAGACGGUAAAGUCGACAUGGAAGAUGCCGUGACACCCCAGCAGCAGCUAGCACACACCUAUAGGCUCCACCCGAGUUUUAUACGUUCGCGCACGAUCGGUUCGAUCCGCCAGGUAGUCGGCCCGCGCCAUGUUUUUCGAGCCGGGAGAAAGGGAGGAGGAGUGUCCGUGUACAGUUUGCAGUCGGAGAAGAUACUCGAGACUCAUUUCGUUGCGGCUCGUCAACGGGUUCGGGCCUCGUAUCGCGCACCUUUUUCAUCGUCCCCCCCGCCGCCGGAACACAUUUUUUGUUUUGGUUUUUUGUUGGACCAUUUUUGUGUGUGUAUGUGUGAGUGUGUGUACACUACGGGAAUAAUAUUGUCUCUGCUUCAUUGCGCUGACAAAGCGGCUGCUGCUGUUGACGUUGAAAUUUAUCGCUGCCAUAAUUCUUCUCUCCUUGAGUGUACCGUUGAUUUUAAUUCAAAGGUUCAUCGUCGUCGUCGGGGGUGGAUAGGACAUUUCCAUCGUGUUCCGGUGAAACCAGCCACCAAAGUGCAUCCGUCAAAACGGGAAAAAAAGGAUCGACAGCAGGAAAGUGUCAUCAACUGGAAAAAUCGCCCAUCAUCGUCAUCAUCCAUUGAACAGAAAACUGACCUGACCAGACCAGAGCCGGGCAGACAGUUGGGCGUCGAUCGUCGUGGGGGCUGCCCUCAAUUUCAAAGAUUGUCAUCAUCUCAACAACCAAAAUAAAAAAAGCAGCAGCGGGAGAGAGACUACAGGACAGGGCGUCGUCAUUCGAGGUGGAGGGGUUGAAGAAGAAGCAGCUGGGGGUGGUGGGGGUGGAGGAGGAGGAGGUGGUAUCGGUAUUGAAGGAGGAUCGGGGGCCAUGUCACGUGACGCUGCCGCCAGUAGAUAUGAGAUCCCCGGCCAGCUGCAGCAGUUGCUGCUGGAUUUCACCGUCAGCUGCCUGGUGGAGCGACCGGCGGAUUUAGUCGAAUUUGCUGCCGACUACUUUGCUCAGCUCCGACAAAGGCGGACCGAACAGCAGCAGCAGACAGCCGUGCAGCAGCAGCAGACGGGCAGAGGUUUAGUGGCUGGAUCGGCGGCACACGGGAAUGGACACGGACCCGAGUCGGAUGAUUCCAUGCUUACCGAUGAGAGUGACGAACCUUCGCCAGAAUCUCUGGCCAAUCGAUUCAAUCGCCGCAAGUCCGUCUUCGCCGAGUCGUACGAUCCCGAAGGCGAUGACGACGAAGGAGAAAAGGUAGUUCAUCCGAAAUCCGACCAACAACGUCAUCGACUCGCCGAAGCCGUCAAGAAUAUCUUCAUCUUCCGAUCACUGGACCCGGACCAAGUGCAGGACGUCCUGGACGCCAUGUUCGAGAAAACGGUCGACAGCGGUGACUACGUCAUCCGUCAGGGGGACGACGGGGACAACUUUUACGUCAUCGACAGCGGGGCGUUCCACAUCUACGUCGCCACAGACACGGAGCCAACCAAGCGGCUGGUAGGCCAGUACGAGGGGUCGGGCAGUUUUGGAGAGCUGGCCCUCAUGUACAACAUGCCCCGCGCUGCAACAGUUCAGGCCAUGAGUCACGGAUCCCUGUGGGCGAUGGACCGGACUACGUUCAGGCGAAUUAUCCUCAAAACGGCCUGCAAGAAGCGCAAAAUGUACGAGACGCUGCUGGAAACGGUGCCCAUGUUGCGAGCGCUAACGUCGUACGAGAGGAUGAACGUGGCGGAUGCGCUCAAUCCGCGGACAUUUGAAGAUGGCGAAUGCAUCAUCCGGCAGGGCGACGCGGCCGACGGCAUGUACUUUGUCGAGACGGGCACCGUUCGCAUUGCCGUCGCCGGAGAAAAUGAAAUUGAGGUCGAGGUCAGUCGGGUCACCAAGGGCGGAUACGUUGGAGAAUUGGCGCUCGUCACCCAUCGACCGCGAGCCGCCUCCGCCUAUUGCGUCGGUCCCGUUCGUCUCGCCUUUUUGGACGUGCAGGCGUUUGAGCGUUUGAUGGGACCGUGCAUGAACAUUAUGAAGAGAAACAUUGACGACUACGAAGAUCAACUGGUGCGCAUUUUCGGCUCCCGGUUCAACAUGAGCGACUUCCGGUAAACACGCCGUCUUAUUCACCACACAGAAGAUAUACAUACACGACGUGUACACCAACGAUCGCACGUUGGCUGGCGAGAUAAUGCAAAAACUCCUUUUUCGAUCACACACAUUUCCCCGAAGAUGAAGCCCUUCCCCUUAUAUUCUGCUGCUGCCAGAGUCUUUUUUUAAAAAUUGAAUAGAACAACAUUUGUGCGAACCUGUUUGUGGAUGUCACGGGAAAAAAAAAAAAAUAAUAAUUCAAAGCAAACAAACAAAAACGCGUUGGUGGAAGAAGAAGAAGAUAAACUAGAAAUAAUUCACGGGCGUGAUGUUUUUUUCACGUUCUUCUGAGACGCCCACAGAGCUCCUCCCUAUGACGCUUAUACACAUAUAUACUUCUACGGUUGUCGUUGAUAUUGUGUCUUACGUGAUUGAAAACAAAAAAAAAGGAAUGUUAGAUGCUUUGUGUGCCCACUCGCAAAAAUCCACCACCAACACCUGCAGGUCCUCCUUAUAUACUUCAACUACCAUUCCAUUCGUGAUUAUUCGUCUAUUCACGUUUUUUCGUUUUGUUUUGUUUUUCAAUUUGCGCCGACGUUGUGUGGCUUAUUUACCAUCUUUUAUAUCUGACUCAACUUCUCCUCCCGCCCGAGAAGAAUAUAUAACUUUAAUUUGAGCUGAUGACGUCUACACUUCCAACCACUUGCUGGCGGAGAAAAACGGCCAGCAGCUCAUUCCAUUAUUCUGCGUCAUCCCCCCAAAGCCAAUCCCCGUCUAACCUUGUCAUUGUGUAACUUUGUCAGACCCCCUUCCGCGUUCUAUCAAGUCAUCACUCUUCCAUGAAGCAAAAACCCUUUCGAUUCAAUGUAGUCUUAUAUCAGUGUCUCGCUGUUUGUUAUCAUCCAUAUGUUUUUUCUCUCUCUCUCUCCUGCAAACUAUCUAGUCUCUAAUUUUUCCACUUAACCCAGCGUGAUUCAUCCUUCGAUCAUCCAGCCAUUUCUUAUUCUAUCGUCUGUCCUGUUAUUAUUAUUAUAAUACCGAAAGAGAAAAAUCAUUGGCAUCUCUGCGCCGUAGAAUCUUGUGUGUUAAAUCAUCCUCCCCAUUUUUUCGUCGUUGUGAUGGCGGUCCCCAUCAAUCGUUGGUCGGUUUCUUUAACUUGACAAUAUCGUAUUAUAUCCCCCGCAUAAUAUCCUGUCGUGGCAGAAUGGUGUAUACGUAGUAUGCCAUUUCUUCUUUUUUAGCUUCAAAACCGUAUAAUCCCAACCCGAGUUUCUAAGCCCUUUUCGCUAUAUAUUUUUUAUCGUUUCCCAAAAGUCUGUCUAAAUGAUUUCCAACAACAACAACAACAAAAGAAAAAAAAAGAUUAAGAAUCGGUGCUUAUUUGGUAUAUAUAGUACACGUCCUUAUUGCCUUCCAGCAAUCGAUUCGCCAAGGUUUGUAUCAUCCGAUCAAAUUUAUCGUUGAUCCUUUUUAAAAAACAAGCACCUCCAUAUUUGAGUUGAUUUUUCUUUUCCAUUCACCGAGUUUUGUGGAUUAAUUCUUCUCCAACAAUUCUAUUGACUCCCCCCCAAUUACAAGAUGGAGGAUUUGGAGAUUGUAUACGCGGCGCUAGUGUGGAACGCUCUGGGUGUAUUUUGUGAGCCUGAUGAUGACGGUUUGAUUGCUUUGUUCCCCUUCGCCACUUUUUUUUUCUGACAGGUCGUCUUUUUAUUGUCGUGCAAACAGAUGUGUUGACUUGAUUGGUUCCUCGAUUUCAUCACGAUAUCAUCCAUACAUUUGACAACAAUUUCA